AUGAAGAUGCUCCAGCCAUUCUUAAUUGGGCAGCUGAUCGCCUACUUUUCUCCAUCGUCUGUAAUGUCUGAUACCGAGGCCUACCUGUACGGUGUCUGUCUGAGCGUCACCGCCAUGCUGCAGGUGUUUUGUAACCCAUUCUACUUCUACAUUAUGGCUCGGGUAGCCAUGAGAAUGAGGGCGGCCAUGUCUGGUCUCAUAUACAGAAAGAUCUUGGACAUGAAUAGUAAAAGUUUUUCACAAACAACAUCAGGGAAGAUAGUAAACCUCCUCUCAACAGAUGUUGAAAAGUUCACUCUUAGCGUGCCCCAUGUACACUAUUUGUGGAUCUGCCCAGUGAACAUAACCGUGUCGGCCUACUGCAUGUACCGCCUGGUGGGGGUAUCCUGUAUGUUCGGCUUCGCACUGGCGGCUGUCCUGCUCCUAGCACAGACUAUAGCGGGACAUGCGUACGGUAAGCUGAGGAUCCAGGUCGGCAAGUGGUCAGACAAGCGAGUGCACGUGAUGACCGAGCUGCUGGCGGGCAUCAGGGUCGUGAAGAUGUACUGCUGGGAGGCGCCAUUCAGCUGGCUCAUCAACGCCCUCAGAGACAAAGAAGUUCGAGUCUUAAAGUGGUCCUUCGUUCUCCGCUCUCUCAGCAUCUACUCGGCCGAGGCAGCCUCUCGUAUGAUGGCUCUCGCCAUAUUCGUUGGUCACUGGCUGUGUGGGUAUCCCCCGAUAUCUCUACGCAACGUAUUCAUUGUAAAUGGCUUGCUGCAAGUCAUGAACUUCUCCGUGUUCUAUUUCUUCUACGCUGCUGUGGAAUCACUCACAGAACUUCUAUCUUCGCUCAAACGAAUCAAGAACUUCCUUUCAAUCGAGAUAGAACCACCAUCGCCGAACCACAUGACACCAGAAUCAGACGGUGAUGGCGGCUGGUCAAUCCAGACAACCAACAUGUCAGCAUGUUGGGAUUAUACAAAUGAAGCGCCCGAAGAAGGGAAGUUACUGCUGGACACUGAGAUAGACGCAGGUGCCUCUUUCUCCCUGAAGGAUUUAACUCUGACAAUUCAAAAGGGAGAGUUAGUUGCAGUCGUGGGAACGGUAGGCGCGGGGAAGACAUCCUUGCUGGCAGCGCUGAUGGGGGAUCUGCCCUCCUCGCACGGGCACAUCAGCAUCCGUGGUUCUGUCGGCUACUUCUCGCAACAACCCUGGGUGUUUUCCGGAACAGUCCGGGAUAACAUUGUGUUUGGUGACGAGUUCGACUCCAAGCGGUAUGAGAAUGUGAUCCAGGCAUGCGCUCUCACUAGGGAUCUGUCGAUGAUGUCGCAUGGAGACCAGACCCUUGUGGGGGAGAGGGGGCUGUUGCUGAGCGGGGGACAGAAGGCCAGGAUAACGCUAGCAAGAUCUGUGUAUAGAGACGAUGAUGUCUACCUACUCGACGACCCGCUCAGUGCUGUUGACCCCAAAGUGGGUAAACAUAUAUUUCACAGUUGUAUAUGUGAUGUUCUGCAGAGUAAAACACGCGUACUCGUAACUCAUCAGCUUCAGUACCUCAAAUUCGUUGACCGGAUCGUUGUGAUGAGUGAGGGUCAAAUAUUGGACAUCGGAAACUAUGAUGAACUCUUAUCCCGCGACCUUGACCUCUCAGUCAUCAUGUCGGUAAUGACAGACGAACCAAAUGACCCGGAUGUCCCUUACAGUAACGACAAGGAUGAGAAAAUCAAGUUUAAGUUAUCCGAUACAGCGGAAGAACUGGAAGAGGAACAGAGAGGCACAGGGUCUAUUGGUCUCCACCUUUACCUUCAAUACUUCAAGGCUGGACACGGAGUCAUCCUUCUGCCCCUCAUUACUCUGCUCUGUGCAACCUACCAGAGUAUGUAUGCCUUCAGUGACUGGAUGUUAGCACAGUGGUCUGAGGAUUCAUACUUAGCCUAUAUGGUCGAUGUCAACAUGUCCUCGAAUAGUUCCGUAAACCUGAAUAGUUCCCUGGCGACACGUCACUGGAACACAAUGGAGCCGGAGGUGAAGAAGUAUAUACUGUCCGUGGUUGCGUAUGUGUUUGUCAUGCUCGUAUAUGGCAUUCUCGUGUUCCAAAUGACGGUGCUGGCGUCGCAGAACCUGCAUAAUAAGAUGUUCCGAUUUAUUCUUGGAUCCAGAACUAGAUUCUUUGAUGAAAAUCCUGUGGGUCGCAUUCUCAACAGAUUUGCUCGAGAUAUCGGUUUAAUAGAUACUUCAUAUGGAACCCAUUUCUCAACGAUUGUAGAGCAAUUCUUUCAGUUAUUGGUGUUGCUCAGUAUUACUUUGAUUGUCUCCCCUUGGUUGUUGAUACCAAUUGCACCAUUGCUAGUGUUCCUGGUGUGCAUACGAUAUUACGCCGUGCAGACAACACGAGAUAUUCGAAGACUUGAAGGAAUUGCCCAGAGUCCCGUCUUCUCCCACGUGUCCGACACAAUUAAUGGCCUUCAAACAAUCCGAGCCAUGGGGAAACAAGAGCAGGUCUACACCACCUUCGCCUCCUUCCAGAACACUCACACAAGUGCCUGGUUCCUCUACAUCUCUGCCUACCGCUGGUUCAGCAUGCGGUCGAGCUUCUCUCUUGCUCUCUACACCAUCAUAGUCAUCGCUGUGUGCAUCGCGCUAGGAAACAAUAUACCGCGGGUGCUGCUAGCCCUGUCAUUGUCCUACUGUUCUGCGAUUCCAGAACCAUUUGAAUACUUCAUGAGAACAUCAGCUGAAAUUGAAAAUAUUAUGACCUCUGUGGAACGCAUAGUAUCCUACACUACCCUAGAACAAGAAGGACCGGUUACCACGGCAACGCCACCUCCACCAACGUGGCCAUCCUCGGGCUGCAUCACCUUCACAGACGUCUGUCUUCGAUACACAGCGACCGGUGCCAUGGUUCUCAAACAUCUCAACAUACAUAUAGAAGCAAGGGAGAAGAUAGGCAUAGUAGGACGGACGGGGGCAGGCAAGAGUUCUCUCCUAGCGGCACUUCUCCGACUGGCCGAACCUGAGGGCGCUAUUAUCAUUGACGACAUCAACAUCACCGACAUCGGAUUGCAUGAACUACGGCAUAAACUGUCUGUCAUACCUCAGGACCCCUUCUUGUUCAGUGGAGAUCUGCGAAGGAACCUAGACCCAUUCCAGGAGUUUCCUGACAGUCUCAUAUGGGAUGCUUUACACCAGGUCCAGCUGGGAGACAAGGUGACCAGCUCACCCGGACAGCUGGACAUGGAGGUGGCCGAGGCAGGAGGCAACUUCAGUGUUGGGGAGAAACAGCUGAUAUGUCUGGCCCGGGCUCUGCUUCGUCGCAACACGAUUCUCAUCCUGGAUGAAGCCACGGCUAAUGUUGAUCACAAAACUGAUGAACUGAUACAGAGGACAAUUCGGGAUCAGUUCCAGCGCUGCACAGUGCUGACCAUCGCCCACAGACUCCACACCGUCGUGGACUACGAUAGAGUCAUCGUGCUUGAUGAAGGUGAGAUAAAGGAGUUCGACACCCCAUACACGCUGCUGAAGAACGAGGGCGGGUUUCUGUAUCAGCUUGUUAGUCAGAUGGGAACUGAACACAAGCAGGAACUACUUGCCAUAGCCAAGCGGGCAUUUAAAUCAAGGUGACGUUUGCCAACGAGAUCAAAUCGGAAUAACACCAUUCAGUUGAAACCCAUGGCAUUGUGAUGCUUGUUCGAGUGUCCACAAUCCUCAAAGUGUUUCCUUGUGACCUAGUGGUAACCAUAAGUCUGGCAUCACCAGAUU